CAGGGACAGUGCGGCCGGGCGGCAGCGGCGGCGGGAUGUUCAGCUGGCUGGGCAAGCAGGGCGGCGGGCGGGAGCGCGGCGGCGGCGCCGAUGUGGUGCAGACGGUGACGGGCGGGCUGCGGGACCUGUACCUCCGCAAGCUGCUGCCGCUGGAGGAGCACUACCGCUUCCAUGAGUUCCACUCSCCCGCGCUCGAGGAGGCCGACUUCGAGAACAAGCCCAUGGUGCUGCUGGUGGGGCAGUACAGCACCGGCAAGACCACCUUCAUCCGAUACCUGCUGGAGCAAGACUUUCCAGGCAUGCGGAUUGGUCCAGAGCCUACCACAGAUUCCUUUAUUGCUGUGAUGUAUGGAGAAACAGAAGGAAAUGUUCCUGGAAAUGCUCUCGUUGUUGAUCCUAAGAAGCCAUUCCGGAAACUCAGCCGCUUUGGAAAUGCUUUCCUGAACAGGUUCAUGUGUUCCCAGCUGCCUAACCAGGUCCUGAAGAGCAUCAGCAUCAUCGACAGCCCAGGCAUUCUCUCUGGAGAGAAGCAGCGAAUCAGCAGAGGCUACGACUUCUGCCAAGUCCUGCAGUGGUUUGCUGAGAGGGUGGACCGCAUCAUCCUCCUUUUUGACGCCCAUAAGCUGGAUAUCUCCGAUGAGUUCUCAGAGGCCAUUAAAUCAUUCCGGGGCCAGGAUGACAAGAUUCGCGUGGUGCUCAACAAGGCUGACCAGGUGGACACACAGCAGCUGAUGAGGGUUUACGGUGCCCUCAUGUGGUCCCUGGGGAAGGUGAUCGACACGCCCGAGGUGCUGCGGGUCUACAUCGGCUCCUUCUGGGCCCAUCCCCUCCGCAACACCGAGAACCGAAGGCUCUUCGAAGCCGAGGCGCAGGAUCUUUUCAAGGAUAUCCAGAGUCUCCCGCAGAAGGCAGCUGUGAGGAAACUCAACGAUCUCAUUAAAAGGGCAAGACUUGCAAAGGUUCAUGCUUAUAUCAUCAGCUAUCUGAAAAAAGAGAUGCCCUCUGUAUUUGGAAAAGAGAACAAAAAGAAGGAACUGAUCAACAAAUUGCCAGAGAUUUACAUCCAGCUGCAAAGGGAAUACCAUAUCUCAGCAGGGGACUUCCCUGAAGUCAAGAAAAUGCAGGAGCUGYUGGAGAAUUGUGACUUCACUAAAUUCCAUUCUUUGAAACCAAAGCUAAUUGAAGCUGUGGAUAACAUGCUGGCCAACAAAAUUGCUGCCCUGAUGAACCUAAUCAGACAGGAAGAGAGCAAUAUGCCCACAGAGAUGGUACAUGGGGGAGCAUUUGAUGGCACCAUGGCAGGACCUUUUGGCCAUGGAUACGGGGAAGGUGCUAAGGAAGGGGCUGAUGAAGAAGAAUGGGUUGUUGCCAAAGAUAAGCCUGCUUAUGAUGAGAUCUUCUACACUCUGUCACCAAUCAAUGGCAAAAUAUCUGGGAUUAGUGCAAAGAAGGAGAUGGUGACUUCUAAACUACCCAACAGUGUCUUGGGGAAGAUCUGGAAACUYGCAGACUGUGAUGGCGAUGGGAUGUUGGAUGAUGAAGAGUUUGCAUUAGCAAAACAUCUCAUCAAGAUUAAACUGGAUGGAUAUGAACUGCCUGGCACGCUGCCUUCCCACCUGGUGCCACCCUCUCACAGGAAACCUUUCCAGACAGCAGAAUGAGCAACACAAGGAGGAGAAUGAGAGAAUGAGGAUUUGGAGCAUCCCACAGGAAAUGUGUUGAAAACACCAAAAUUUGAAAUUAAGCUUAGAUCCUUAACCUCACAGCACAUUUCACGCAAGCUACUGAAGUUAUAAGUGUGGCGGCAGGGAAACAUUCCUGUACUGCUGACCUUCACUCAGACAUGCUUUUCACAAGUGCCUUACAAUAGCUCUGUCAUAAGGUGAAAAUGUUUUUGAGUCCUGUGUAUGUGUCUUGCUGCCUUUACCACCUAAAGCAGAAAACACCAUGCAUAGAAAUUGCUGACCUUCACCAAACCUAAAUUCUUAUCAGCCCUGUCUCUCCAAAUUAUUCUAAAUAGCRCACAGAAGAUCAACCUGUUAAAUUCACCUGCCUAUGCAAGGAAUAUUUAAAUGCUAAAAAUGUGCUUAAGCUAGUGAGUGAAUGUCAGCAUCUCCAUAGUCUAAGAAAAGAAUKAUAUAAAAGAAAGUUUUAUUUUUAGUCUUUUUGUUAUUUAAUUGAAGUUGGAAAAAAAUAGAGGAGUGAUGAGGAGUAAGUGCUCAGAAUAUGARCAAACUUGUUUUAAAAUUUUAGAUUCUAGCUAGAACUGAAAAAUAUUAAAGUUACUCAGUCAUUGUGUCUUAUCUGAAGAGCAGCUUCUUCAGUUUUACACAGCUCUAUAUAUUCAGUAUUAUCAUCAGAAAAACUGAGAUCUCCUUUGUUCCCGGGAUUCAGAAUUUCCUUUGCGGUUUAAGUUUAGCUUCUCUGCAGACAAUGAAUUCUGAAUGGUUCAAAGUUACAGCAGAAUGGUUUCUUAAGCUAAAAACAAAAC